CUCCCUAAAGGCAUUGGCAGCGGGCACCGGAAGCGCUUAUAAGUGUGUAGCCCCGGCAGAGUACUGUGCUACGGGAGGCCGUGAAGGGUAAGGUCCGCCGUUUCCAUCGGGACUAGAGCGCAGAGGAGCCCGGACCGCAGUAGCGAUGGAGCGGGGCGCGGGGCAUCGCACCGGCAGUGCGCUGUUCGCGGGGUUCCGGGCCUUGGGGCUUUUUAGCACCGACAUUCCACACGUGGUGCGGUUCAGUGCGCUGAAGCGCCGAUUCUACGUGACGACCUGCGUGGGCAAGAGCUUCCACACCUAUGACGUUCAGAAACUUAGUCUGGUUGCAGUAAGUAACUCUCUUCCACAGGAUAUCUGCUGUAUGGCAGCUGAUGGGAGGCUAGUCUUUGCUGCUUAUGGGAAUGUUUUCUCUGCAUUUGCCCGUAAUAAAGAGGUAGUACACACCUUUAAGGGUCAUAAGGCAGAAAUCCAUCUUUUGCAACCCUUUGGGGAUCACAUUAUUUCUGUUGAUACUGACAGCAUUCUUAUUAUUUGGCACAUAUAUUCGGAAGAGGAAUACCUGCAAUUGACUUUUGAUAAAUCAGUAUUUAAAAUUUCUGCAAUUUUGCACCCAAGUACCUACUUGAAUAAAAUACUUCUCGGCAGUGAACAAGGAAGCCUACAGUUGUGGAAUGUAAAAUCCAAUAAACUACUGUAUACGUUUCAGGGAUGGAAAAUGGGAGUAACAGCUCUUCAGCAGGCACCAGCUGUGGAUGUUGUUGCUAUUGGUCUUAUGUCAGGUCAGGUUAUCAUUCACAACAUUAAAUUUGAUGAAACAUUAAUGAAAUUUCAUCAAGACUGGGGACCUAUUACUUCGAUUUCAUUUCGCACAGAUGGUCAUCCAGUAAUGGCAGCUGGAAGCCCAUGUGGCCAUAUUGGACUCUGGGAUCUAGAAGACAAAAAAUUAAUCAAUCAGAUGAGAAAUGCACAUUCUACAGCAAUUGCCGGGCUGACAUUUCUCCAUAGAGAGCCACUUCUUGUCACAAAUGGUGCUGACAAUGCUCUGAGGAUAUGGAUAUUUGAUGGUCCCAUGGGUGAAGGUCGGCUUUUGAGAUUCAGAAUGGGACAUAGUGCUCCUCUUACCAAAAUCAGAUAUUAUGGACAAAAUGGACAGCAAAUUCUUAGUGCAAGUCAAGAUGGAACUCUUCAAUCAUUUUCCACAAUACAUGAAAAAUUUAACAAGAGUUUGGGACAUGGAUUAGUAAAUAAAAAAAGAGUCAAACGUAAAGGACUUCAGAAUGCCAUGUCAGUAAGACUUCCACCCAUCACAAAGUUUGCAGCUGAGGAAGCUCGUGAAAGUGACUGGGAUAGUAUCAUUGCUUGCCAUCAAGGUAAAUUAUCUUGUUCAACCUGGAACUAUCAGAAAUCUACAAUAGGUGCUUACUUUCUCAAGCCAAAAGAGCUGAAGAAGGAUGACAUAACUGCAACAGCAGUAGAUAUAACUUCUUGUGGAAACUUUGCUGUAAUUGGUCUCUCAUCAGGAACUGUAGAUGUAUAUAACAUGCAGUCUGGUAUACAUCGAGGAAGUUUUGGCGAGGAUCAAGCUCAUAAAGGAUCUGUUAGAGGUGUUGCAGUGGAUGGAUUAAACCAGUUGACGAUUACAACUGGUAGUGAAGGAUUACUCAAGUUUUGGAACUUUAAAAACAAAAUUUUAAUCCAUUCUAUGAGCCUUGAUUCACCUCCAAAUAUGAUGCUGCUACAUAGAGACAGUGGCAUUCUGGCACUUGCCUUGGAUGACUUCACCAUUAGUGUUCUGGACAUUGAAACUAGGAAGAUUGUCAGAGAGUUUUCUGGACACCAAGGCCAAAUAAAUGACGUGACUUUUAGUCCUGAUGGUCGUUGGUUAAUAACUGCUUCAAUGGAUUGUUCGGUUAGAACUUGGGACCUUCCAUCUGGGUGCCUUAUAGACAGCUUUUUGUUGGACUCUGCUCCUCUCAAUGUUACUAUGUCCCCUACUGGAGACUUUCUAGCCACUUCCCACGUGGACCACCUUGGAAUUUAUCUUUGGUCCAAUAUUUCCCUGUAUUCAGUUGUUUCACUACGGCCACUUCCCACAGAUUAUAUUCCUUCGGUAGUGAUGCUUCCUGGUACUUGUCAAACCCAAGAUGUGGAAUUAUCAGAAGAAACCAUAGAACCAAGUGAUGAAAUGAUAGAGUAUGAUUCCCCAGAACAGUUGAAUGAGCAGUUGGUGACUCUCUCACUCCUCCCUGAAUCACGGUGGAAAAACCUUCUUAAUCUUGAUGUUAUUAAGAAAAAGAAUAAACCAAAGGAGCCACCCAAAGUACCCAAAUCAGCACCAUUUUUUAUUCCAACGGUUCCUGGCCUUGUACCCAGAUAUGCACCACCUGAGCAAAAUAAUGAUCCCCAUCAGUCUAAAGUGGUAAAUCUUGGAAUUUUGGCUCAAAAAUCAGAUUUCUGCUUGAAACUUGAAGAAGGACUGGUAAAUAAUAAAUAUGAAGCUGCUCUUAACCUUCUGAAAGAAUUAGGCCCGUCGGGAAUUGAAACAGAGCUGCGAAGCCUGUCUCCUGAUUGUGGUGGAUCUGUAGAAGUUAUGCAGAGCUUCUUAAAAAUGAUUGAGAUGAUGUUGGACAGGAAGCGUGAUUUUGAGUUAGCCCAGGCAUAUCUUGCAUUGUUUCUAAAGUUACACCUUAAAAUGCUUCCUUCAGAGCCAGUACUUCUAGAAGAAAUGACGAAGUUGUCAUCACAGGUGGAAGAAAACUGGAUCCAUUUACAGUCACUCUUCAAUCAAAGCAUAUGUAUUUUAAAUUAUAUAAAAAGUGCUUUGUUAUAAAAAUAAAUUUAAGUGACUAAAGACUUUUAUAUUAAAUGGGUUCAGUUUAACUCAUACCCUCUUUUCCAAGUUUCACUGUGAAAAGAUAAAUGCCAGUGCUACUAAUUAGUAGUCAUACUUCACUUUAAAUGCUAAAUAUUUUCUUGAAAUAAAAUUAUACCUGCUUUUUGUUUUAAAGAUUUAUAGAAUCUACUCAAAUGACUUAUUUUCUGAGUCUCUUCAUAUCAGUUACUUGUAUAUGAUUGAACUGUUGUCAUCAGCUCCUAUUUUUUGAAUACCUGUAAACGUAAGAGAUGUUAGAUGUUUAAUGUAAAAUAUUGCUGAAUUAAAGACAAAACUGAUAUGUGAUAGAGUUAUAAAAGUGCCUUCAUGAUAUGAAGUGAAAAGGUAUGUUUCCUUCCUUGGUGGCCUCUGAUGAAAACAUGGAUCAUCGACUCUUAGAGCUUAGAUCAUUAACUCAGACAUUAGUGCAGCCCUCUUGUAAUGCAGAAGAGGAAGUUGCUAAGGUCAUUUUGGGGUCUCAGUGACAGAUGAGGUUUAUAACACCACCCUAGUGUUCUCUCCAUUGGAGCCUUUCUAAAGGAACUUUUUCUUUUAUAAGGAAGGUGAGAGGCACUUACACAAGCCAAAUUGCUAUGGGAGACAGUUGAGUAGCUACCUAGAAUAGGGGAGGGAAAUUCCAAAUUCCCUUGAAGAUAUCCUUCAAAGUGUUUCUUCCUUACUGAUGACCUUUUUAUUUGGAAGAAACUACUGCCUAUAUACUUUUCUCUCCUAACCACUGUGAAACCAGAUAGCUCUGGCAGUUUCUCUUACUGUUUUCAUGAUUUGGGACUUCAGCAAUACAUGAAUUAAAAGUAAGCAAUUCCGCUACCUGGAAAAGUGCUGGGAGGUCAUCAUGGAAGCGACUUUGCCUCCUGUUUGUGUCCCCUUUCCUUGCUUCUAAAAAAAGUCUUUCAAGGGUGUAGCUAAGGUCACAAAUGAGUGAAUGAACUUCCAGUCUUUGUAUCCGUUAACUGAAGCCCCCUCAAUAUGAGAGGUUGAUAGAGGACUUUAUGGUGGGAUUAUGCUAUCUCAAAUGCAAACACCUUCCUAAGUAGGAGCAGAAAAAAGGGGCUAAUUGCCACUUACAUGAUAGGUGUUUAGAAUACAAUGUGAUAUGACUGCUUUAGUGUUCUCUUUACUCUAUAGAGGUGUGAAAAACCAUAUUGCUACAGGCAAUUUAUUUAAUAAUUGGAAACCAUAUUGAUGAUGGAUGUGGUAAUAUUUGUAGAGUUUAAUCUACGUUAAAAAAAAUUCUAAGAGCACAGUUCUCUAAAAACAAUUUUUAGUUUAUACAUUCAAAAGUAGUGUUAUUCAUAAAAUGUAGCUGGUUGUAUAUGAAUGCCAAUAUCAUUCUCAUUAGAAUUAAGGUUUUACAGAAUAAUCUCCAGAAAGAACAGUCCUCAGAUAACUUUAUCAAAGCAUUUUUGUUUAGUCGUGUAAGGUAGAAUUAGUAAACUACUAAAGAAAUAGCCAAUCUGGUUUUGUCUUCUGUUGUUUUUCUUUGAGAAAUGUGUAUAAACUUAACUAUUGACUGAAAUGCUAAUGACUAAGUCUAAAUUUAAAAAUUGUAUUCCCCUCUGCCCCAAAUACUACAUCCUAAAGAUAUGGCAAAAUUUCAGUAUCUAAUCACGUACCAUAUGAAUGUUAAUAAAUAACUAAACAAAAUAAUAAGAGCUCUAAACUGAUGCUGUAUUGUUUUUACAAAUCUUGAAUUUUCCUCUCAAAUGAGAAUAUGGGAGUUGAAUGUACUGUUUUUAUUGGAGAUAUUUGUAUAGUAUUCGUAUCAUUUUGGCAGGUAAUGUUCCAGAGCCUCUCCUGUAUGUUUACAUCACAGAAAGAAGAAAAAAAGGAAUACAAAGAAUAA